CCCACACGCCUUCCACUUCCCGUUUCUUCGCUCGGCUCUGUUGUCGCACAGCCGCUAGCACCGGAUCCGCUCCCAUGGCGAGAGGAUCCAUGGGCGCCGGAUCCAGGCGAGGGAGGGGAAGAGGAACGGCAGGUCGCGAGGAAUCAGCUUUGAACGGUUUGGAGGUGGAGCUGGAUCAAUUGCUUGAAGAACACAGGGAGGGCAUGGUCGUGAGGACAGGGCUGAGGUGCCGCCAUGGCCUCUACCCGGUGCUAGCUUGCAGCUGGUCUGAUACGGAUGUAGGCCGGAGGUUCUUGGCAUGCUCCCAGGUCGAGGAGCCAUGCGACUUCAAGUACUGGAUUGACCAAAAAUUUGAUGGCAGAGCUAAAAGAGUGAUUGAGGAACUUGUGUUUAUGAAUCAAAGCCUGACGGAGCUGUAUGUGCAUUCAGCUAGGCAGUGGGAUGAACUUUUUGUGUCCAGACAGAAGGCAAGGGAAACAAUAUGUGAAUUGAGUGAAACAAUUAGAGAACAACGAAGUUGCAUUGUCAUUUUGUUGUGUUUUACUGCUGUAAUAGCUGGUGGCCUGUGGCUGGUGUUGUAAUGACUUGUUCUCCAGAAUUUUGUUAAUGCUACAAGUUGGCCUGUGGCUGGUGUUGUAGAUUUCAGGUUGAUGUCAAGGAAAAGUGUAAUGACUUGUUCUUCAGAAUCUUGUUAAUGCUAUGACUUGUUCUCCAGAAAGGACUUAUUGUCCAGAAUAUUGUUUCAGGCAAGGGAAAC